UCGUGGAGGAAUUUGGGGGGGGGUCCUGGGGGGUCCUGAGGGCUCCUCUGGGGAUUUGGGGUCCCUCAGCGCCCCCCAACAUGGCGCCGCCCACAGCUCCUCCCGCGCCGCUCUCCCAUUGGCUCCUUCCAGACGGCGAGGGGGGCGUCCCGCUUUUCCGAUUGGCUCCCCCGCGCCGGAAGUGGGCGGGGCGAAGCGAGCGCGGGCUCAUUCGAGCGGCGGAAAUGGCGGCGCCGGCGGCGGAACGCGCGCGGGGGCUCCUGGCGCGGCUCCGGGCCGCUCUGGCGCUGCCUCAGGAGGACGGGGACGUCCCCGCGCGGGUCCUGGCCGAGCACCUGACGGUGAGAGCGCCGAAAUCCGCCGCUUUGGCCCCAAAAACGCCGCGUUCCUCAAGAGCACCCGCAGCUUUUGCCCCGAAGUCCGCGUUAUUUGUCCCAAAAUCUCCUCUGAUUUGUCCUAAGUUCCCUCCUAUUGGUCCCCAAAUCCCAAUUUCCCCCCAUGCUCCCACUUUCACCGCUAUUUUUGCCCUAAAUUGCCUUUUUUGCCCCCAAGUCUUCUCUUAUUUGCCUCCCAAAAUCCCCAUUUCCUCCCGUACUCCCACUUUCACCGCUAUUUUUGCCCCAAAUUGCCCUUUUUUGCCCCAAAUUCCCUCACGUUUGCCCCCCAAUCCCCACUUCCUUACAUAUACGCCCAUUUUCCCCAAUAUUUUUGAUCUAAUUUUUUUUUUUUUGGACCAAAUUCCUCUAUUUUGUCCCAAAUUCCCCAGUGCCCCCCAUACUCCUGCUUUCCCCACCAUUUUUGCCCUAAAUUGCCUUUUUUUUGCCCCCAAAUCUUUUCUUAUUUGCCUCCAAAUCCCCAUUUCCCCCACGAAUUUUGCCCUAAAUUGCCAUUUUUGGCCCCAAAACCCCAUUUAUCCCCUAACUCUUUUCCAUUUGACCCAAACUUCCCAUUUUUGCACACCUACUUUUGCCCAAACCCCCCAAUUUAUGCCCCAAAACGCCCCACUUUGCUCCCCAUUUUCCCCCAAAUCCCUCAGUUUUUGUCCCCAGUUGCCCUCAAUUCCAGCAAAACAAGGAGUUUUUCCCCAAACUUCCAGUUUUUGCCCCAAAUUCCCCCUUUUUCGUCCCCAGUGGGACCUCAUUGUCCCCAAGGGGUUCCCGUGUCCCCCGGUGUCCCCAGUGUGA